CCACAGAAGAGGGAGCAGGCCAAGAGCCGAGGGGGCAGAGGACACAGGGCAUCAACCUAAUGGGAGAAUGGCUGCUUUAUAAGGGCGGCUGGCUGUUCCUGCUGGACCGAGGCCCGGGCCACGUCAGUGCAUGAACCUGGCCUUCGUCCCCACCAUGGAGGGAGCCCCGACCUUGUGCUGCCAAGACCCCUGCACAGAACUGGCAGAGAGAGUCGCUGCCAUCGAUGUGGCUGAGCUGGGGGGAACGAGCGAGGGGGACGACUGUGCGGUCUUCUCUGGGGACGGCCACAGCCGAGCCUUCCCGAUGAGCAGCGGCCCCCCUGAAGCCAGAGAGAGAAUCCCAUCGGCCCCCUCCCUGACCACAAGAGAGGCCCAUUCCCAGAAGAACCCUACGAACGUCCCUGCCCGGCCUUCCCUGUCCAACAGGAAGCUCUCUCUCCAGGAAAAACCAAGCAGAAGCUGUCUGUCUGCUGCCAGCCCCUCUGUGAGUGGCCCCUAUGCCACAGGGCCUGCCAACCACAUCUCACCCCGCAUUGUGCGCCGGCCCACCAUCGAAUCCAACCGAGUAUCCAUCUCAGAUGUGGAGGACUGCGUCCAGCUAAACCAGUACAAACUCCAGAGUGAGAUCGGAAAGGGCUCCUACGGUGUGGUGCGGCUGGCUUACAACGAGUCUGAUGACAAGUAUUAUGCCAUGAAAGUCCUGUCCAAAAAGAAGCUACUAAAGCAAUAUGGAUUCCCACGUCGCCCUCCCCCUCGAGGAUCUAAAGCUGCUAUGGGUGGUCAGACUGUACCCCUGGCACCCCUGGAUCGGGUCUAUCAGGAAAUUGCCAUCUUAAAGAAGUUGGACCACGUGAACAUCGUAAAACUCAUCGAGGUCCUGGAUGACCCCGCUGAGGACAAUCUCUACAUGGUGUUUGACCUGCUCCAAAAGGGCCCCAUCAUGGAGGUGCCCUGUGACGACCCCUUCACUGAGGAGCAAGCUUGGCCCUACCUGCGGGACAUUGUCUUGGGCCUGGAGUACUUGCAUUACCAGAAGAUCAUUCAUCGAGACAUCAAGCCAUCAAACCUACUCUUGGGGGACGAUGACCACGUGAAGAUCGCGGACUUUGGGGUCAGCAAUCAGUUUGAAGGGAACGACGCCCAGCUGUCCAGCACUGCGGGAACCCCGGCCUUCAUGGCCCCAGAGACCAUCUCUGAUUCGGGCCAGAGCUUCAGAGGAAAGGCCCUGGACGUCUGGGCUACGGGCAUCACUUUGUACUGCUUUGUCUACGGGAAGUGCCCUUUCAUUGAUGACUCCAUCCUGGCCCUCCACCAGAAGAUCAAGAAGGAGGAAGUGGGAUUCCCAGAGCAGCCCCUGAUCAGUGAGUCACUCAAGGACCUGAUCCUCCGGAUGUUGGACAAGGACCCCCAGACAAGGAUUGUGAUCCCCGAAAUCAAGUUACAUCCCUGGGUGACCAAGAAUGGAAAGUACCCCCUCCCCUCCGAGGAGGAACACUGUAGUAUUGUGGAGGUGACAUUGGAGGAGGUGAAGAACUCGGUCAAGCUGAUCCCUCGGCUGCCCACAGUGAUCCUUGUGAAGGCCAUGCUAAGGAAACGUUCUUUUGGGAAUCCGUUUGAAGCCCACUUCAAAUCAGAGGACAGGUCUCCAUCAAGAAACUUAUUAAAGAAAGAAGAGUGUAACAAAGAUGUGCCUGACCCCCAUGAGAACCAGCCUGCCUCCUGAGCCCCCCAUGGCCCCCUCGGGGGUCCCUGCACUGCUGCUGUCACCUCUCAUCCUGGGAUCAUGCGCCCACCAUGGACCGCCACAAAGGCUGUGAAACACCCUCCCCCAAAGGGGAAGAGAAGGGACAUGUGGGAGGGGAGGGGGGAGGGGAGGAGCAGGCGCUGGCUGGCCAGGGAGCUUUGGGGACAUUGUUUACAGCAACGCAUGGGCCGAAAUCCUGUCCUGCUAGCCUUACCCAGCCCCGGAGCCUGGGCCUCAUCUCCAUCCGUGCUCGAGCCCCCACAGCCUCCGAUACCUUGACUAAUGAAUGUGUUUAAUUUAUAAUUCUAGUGGCAAUGGAGCUUUCCCCCACCCCAGUAGUGGUGGGUGGGACCUAGAAUGUGAGAGAGGAGCCCUUCGAUCUUCAGUGAGAAUUACCUGGGGUUCCCAGAACUUCAGUUUCAUGGCUUAUCUAAGGGGAUGUGACGCUGCUGAUGGUGAACACCUUUCUGGUGUAGACAUUAAUGAUGGCCUCUCCCCUAUCCCCCUCCAAAAAAAAAAAAAAAUCCAGAAGGGCCCUAGGUUUACAACAGGGAUCCUCUACCCACCUAGCCAUUACCACCAUCGGCUCCUCUCUAGUCAUUGUCCAGAGCCUGGGCUGCAGGAAAGAGCACUUUGCAGAAGGCUCUGCCCUGCGGCAACUUUGCCCCCCAGGAGCCUGACGUGGGGGUGGGGGACACCCCCUGACCUGGGGGAAUUAGCAAGGGACAGUGUAGGACAACCCCCCGGCUGAUCUGGAGGACCGGUUAGGGGAUCUGGGAAGAGCCGCUGAGGGCUGGGCUGUGUCCUCUGGAAUAACUAGAAAUAGAAUCCUAUCCCCAAAUCUCUCAAACUUGAGAAUUAAUGGUCUGUUCCUUGCCUGCCCUCCGGUCAGUACCAUUUGGUCAUGUCCCCAGGGAAAGACAACCAUUGGGCUGACUUGGAGACACCCGUUCUGAGCAAAAGCAGCCCGAGAUAGAAUAUCAGGAGAGAAACGGCAUCAGCUGAAUGGGGCUGAGUGAGCCGGAUCUUCCGUGGGCCUGGUCAGUGCAGCCAUUCAGGAAGGCACUCGGUCUCAUCCUUGGGCCAGAGGUUCCCAUGUGGCUGAGUUUUGUACUCAACUGGACCAAGCAUGGAAGGGCACCAGAUCAGGCCCUCGGGGUAUUUCUUGCUGUCAAUGUCGGGCCUCCUUCAGCCAACCAACCCUCUCUGUGCCCAGGGCGCCACUCUGCAGACCCAGAGCUGAGAUGUGCGCCCAUGGCAGACUGUCUCCUCUGCACUCAGGCCACCUCUAUGCAGAUGCCACUUGAUUUGGGGUGCUAAAAAGAGUGGCAAUGUCUAAAGCUUCUUGUUUAAGUGGUUGUCGGUUAGCCCAUGAAACAAGGGCCAAGAACACCAGUUGCUGGGGCCUGAGGGCCCCAGUGGGAGGGGGGCCCCACCCUAUGGGGGAGCCCCCAGGUCAACACCCAGAAAACACCAGCCUCGCAAAGCCCCAACGACUCUUGCCAGCCAUGACAGCCAAUUUAAAAUGGGAACGUUCUGCCAACCAAUGCCUAGAAAACAUGUUCAUCUAUACGUUCAUGUCCUUCCAAAGCACUACACUCAGAAACCAGGUAGUUCAAAGAAAACUUGUGGGAUCCGUGAGGUUGAAAACAAUGAGGACUGAAGCCCAAGGGCUCCCCAAACAGGCACACAUGCUUUCUCCACACGCCUGUUUCCACAUAUGUGCAUGCUCUAUGCAUGACCUGUAUUAUAAUGUAGAUUUGCUCAUAUAUCAGCCUCUGUGUAUUCACUCUCAAGAGGUGGAGGAUGAGAUAGAAAAGAAACCUCAGAGGGGAGCCCCUUAGGAGGACAGAGACCUCUACACAGCCCCCAGGCCUGUCACAGCUGAGGAAAGGCUUCUCAGAGAGGGGCCAUGCGGGUGGGAAGCAGAACCUGAGGAGGCCACAUGUGGGGGCCCAGUGGGCACUGUCCUCCGGCACUGGCUUAUGGGGAAGUUUGGGGAGGACCCAGCCCCCUUUGGCCCCUGCUCCCAGGAGUCAUGUAGAGGAAGGCAACCUGGUUGGUUAGGAAAGAUAUCCAUGUUUGUGAGCCCAGGUGCCCAGCAAGGCCUCCACCUUGUGGGCUGGACCCACAGGGGUAUCCAUGCCCCCUGACUCAGUGGCCAAGCAGACCUGAGUGACCCCCAAAGCAGGGUCUGGUCCCAUGAACCCUGAGCAAGUUCCAGGGGCUCCUUUCCCCCAUCCCCCUCCUCACCUGAAGGUUCCUCCCAUGCCCCUUCCUCAUCUGAACACCUUGUUUCUCUUCCUUGCCCUGCCCCAGCUGCUAGCCCUGGCCACUCUUAAAGGGUGUCCCUGGUUCUCAGUGCUGUGGCCUGCUGACCACCUCACCUGGGCACACACACAAGCUCUAACCUCAUGCGGGGCUCUCGGGCCAGCCCUUACACCUAGGAGGGCAGGGUGUCGGCUGGAUUCCAGAGCUCCCCAGGCACACGGUGGGAAUCCCUUCUCCAUGCAGGGUUAGGAGUCUCUGAGCCAUCCUGAGGGACUGGGGUGAACCCCACUCAGAUAUCUGACCUGUCCAGAGAUCUCGAAAGGGCUGCCUGGGGAAGGAGUGAUCAGAAGAGCUCAUUAGGGGCCACUUUGGAAGGAGCUGGGGGAAAUGGAAUCUAUCUGUAUUUGGAGAAUUGUGGCCAGACAGCAUAGAAACCUGUACAUACUUAUUAAAAUGUAAAUAUGCAAAAA